AGUAGGCCACAGUUAAAGGGAAACUAGUCAGAUACCGUGGGAUAUUUCCUAUUUUAACCAGUGUGAAGAAAUAGUGACGAUCACGAUCUACAGCUUUAGCGUCAUGUUAAACAGUAACUUAUGUCUUAUAGGCAAGCGGCAUGAUGAAACGAGAUUGCUUGCUAACUAGCGCUAGUUAGCCGGGAGAAGUUGUGUCGAAUUAGAAAAGCUUUCUUUGCCAUCGCGUAAGGAAUCAAAGAUGGCUGCUCAAAUGAAUUGAGACCUGUUGGGUGUCGUGCUGAAAUAAACGUAGUCUUCAGUUUAGUUAUGUUCAAAGUUAUGAAUUGAAAUGUAACUUACGCCGAUUUCAAAGUUCCGGGUAGUCUCCAUUCAGAUAAUCAACAGGCAGUUAAGUUCUCAACACGUCUUUGAGGUCUCUUCAAAAGAUAUUAUUGGAUUAUUCAAUAAACAUGCCUAUUAUUUUAGCAAAAGUGUUUGAAGUGAUGUGGAAAUGAAGGUUUAUAAAAAGGAAAUGGAAAGAAGACUAGAGGAAAAGCUUCGAAUCAGUCAGAAAGAGAGACUUUCAAGUGGCAGUUCAAGCCGAUCUCCAAUGAAGACGGCGAUUGUCAUCCAGGAUGACUCGCUCCCUGCCGCGCCCCCACCUCAGAUUCGUAUUUUGAAGCGACCCUCCAGUAAUGGAUCCUUGGGAUCGUCUGUGACGCAGAACCGACCCUCCCCGCAAGUGAAAUCCUUAGCUCAGCGAGAGGCUGAAUAUGCAGAAGCCAGGAAGAGAAUACUUGGCAGUGCUACACCUGAUGAAACACCCCAGGAGAGGCCUAAUUCAGACCGAUCCCCACGCGGAAGCAACCAUACACUUUCGGAAGACAGCAGAUCAGGAAACCAUGUGGUUCGACAACCAGCAGGUCCAGAUGGUACACAAGGCUUUCACCAGCGCAGAUAGGAAUAACAGUGUUUCCUGGGAGAAGUCAUAUUGGGUCGAUCUCCCAAUACAGUCAAAAUUCAAAUAAUUUUAUCAAUAUUUAGAAUAUGGGAUGCUUUUCGUAUAAAUCUAAAACCCUCUCAAAUCCACCACGGCACGUAUGCCAGUGUGUGGCACUCAGAGGACAACGUUACACAGAGGAGCGGAUGGGGAAUGUUGCAUUCCCGGUUUUACACUGUGAUGAGGACCUCGCUUCCGGACACGGCUCACUGUGACGUCCAGCCCCGCGCCUUUAAAUUAAAGAGAAUACGGAGGAAAACAGAACUGCAGAACCAAUGUCCCUUACUUCCUAUACUCAGCCGUCACACCAUUUGAGCAAGCCGUGAAAAUCCCUUUGAAAAGACAUUAGAAGAAGAAGAUAGCGGUGACAAAGGCAGAGCUGGAAGUUCUGUCACCAUUGCGGUAUACAUGAUGACAUUAGGCACCAGCUUCUUUCAGCAAUAAUUCUAGAUUGAUCAUGAAAUGUUCACAUCUUCUUUCCCCACUGUUCCACCCAAGUUGUUUUGUAUGUAUUGUGUUUGUUUUAAGUUGCCAUAUGCUUUUAAAUCGGUAAGGAACGGUGAGGUCGUUGUGGAAACUCAAGCUGACUUAGUUUGUUCUUUAUUGUUUACGGUUAUAUUAUUUUCAUAUGUUGUUUUAUUCAUGGGUCUUCCUCUGACUGUCCUGAUUUCUACAUAAAGUCAAAAGAAUAAAAACAAACGAGUAGAGAAUUAAACGAGUGCAGCAAAUGACAUUUUUAAGCAGUUUCUAUGCCUUUUAGAUGAUUUGAGGCGGUAGUCAUUUUUAGAGCUGUGUAUUUUAAUUGAAAUCUAACAGAUAAGAGACUUCUGUAUAUACGUGUUGUGCUGGGAUAAACCAAAGGGAGUGAAGCAGGGGGAAAAACGAUUACGCUGGCUCCCCUCGCUUCACUUUCUCAUCAGAUCUGCUGUUGACCAUUUUCUUUUCUUUCUUUUUUUUACUGAUGUAGGAACUCAGGUUGUUUUAAGGAAUUAUGAGGAUGAAGUUGUGUAUGAGAGGAUAGGCUUUUAACUGAUCGAUGGUGCAAUGUUAAGCUUUCAUGAAGUAAAAGCUUAGGUGGUUUGAAAAACACCUCCAAGACUGGAUUACAGAUAAGAUAUCCUAUAAGAGAUUAUUUAACGUUUAUUGAAACCUAAGAUGUGUGCAUAGCACCAGUGGCUUAUCAAGGCAACUUUAAGUGUUAAGUCAGUUGACCUAUAGUUGCUCUGGCUCUUGCAAUACAAUGUCCUUUUAUGAAGAGCCAUACUACCUUUUCUUGUCACCCUAAAACACCUUGCUUUCCUGUGCUGUCCAUGAAUGAUGUCUCUGAAAUGACCCUGAAGUUUAUGGUGGUAAUACCCUUUAACCUGAUAUGUCAUUGUUCACCUAUUGUGCUGUAACACAUCAGACCAGACAGGUUUGUCUGAAUUCCUGAGAACACAGCAAUCUGCCUGUAAAUACUUUUAAAAAUGGCCAUUUAAUAAAGACUUUUUAAAUAA